AUGUCGAAAGGACUUGCCUUUCUAAGUUCCAUCCAACCCAGCUCCAACUACUGGAAUCUGCUGCUUCUUCUCCGAAAGCCCACAAGUACUACACCGGCCAGGAUGACAUCUACAAGCCUAGCGGGCAUACUAGGAGAGAAAACCAUUCUGAAUCAUGCAUUCCAAGACGGCAACAAGCGCACGGCGAUAGUAUCGACCGACAUGUUUCUGAAGAUCAACGGCUUUAAACUCCAAGAUGCCCCAUCAGAGGAGGACGAGUUUGACAACGGCCUAACCAAAGCACAUAUAUCUGUGGUGUCGCAUGCCUGA